AUGCCUGUUCGUCUGACUAUCGACCCUCCGUUGCUAAACUCAGCGACGCCAUGGGCUACAGACCUUGAUGAUCUCAUUGCCCUAGCCGCUUGCCCAUCAACAGGUGCUGUCACGACAAGGACGUCUCUUAUCAAAAGUUUCGACCACCAGGAUGCUAACCAUCGAUAUCUUUUCUUUGACCCUGCUACGGCAAAGCCAAACGAGGGAACUUCCUCGAACCAAGUUCCCCCUGCAGGCCACACAGAGAAUGCAACAGCCAGUCUAAACAGUCUUGGUUACAGUCCAAUCCCUUUGGAAGGAUACAUCAAGUUUCUUAAGGAAAUUGGCGACCGGCUUCCGACGAUGAAGAAGACUUUCAUUGUAAGCGUCACGGGCUCACCCGAAGAUAUUCUGGCUUCCUAUGAGCUGCUUGCGUCCACUUCAAAAGUCCUGUCUUUCCCUCUGGCAAUGGAAGUCAACUUGAGCUGCCCAAACAUCCCUGGCGCCCCACCACCUGCGUAUCACGGCGCAGCUCUUGAGAAAUAUCUUUCCAGACUGCCCAAGAACCCUGCAAUGCCAAUUGGAAUCAAAACACCACCCUACACGUACGAGGGUCAGUUCACCUCCUUGAUUGAAACGCUCGCACCGUCAGCGUCUUCUAUCAGCUUCAUUACCGCGACAAACACUCUCGGAUCUUGCCUCAUCCUCGAACGAGAUGGUGAAAACAACCUGACGCCCCAGCUGCCAAACCUUGGUGUCGGCGGCAUGGCUGGUCCACCGUUACACGCUCUCGCUCUCGGAAACGUGUCAACCUUACGGAGGUUCCUUAAUCAAACCGAAGAAUUGAAACAUAUUGCCAUUAUCGGAGUUGGUGGGGUUCGUGAUGGUGAUGGCUUUCGGAGGAUGAGAGCGGUCGGUGCAAGCGCGGUGGCCGUAGGCACUGCUUUGGGCAAACAGGGUGUCAAGGUUUUCGAGAGGAUCGAAAGCGAUAUUGACCGGAAUUGGAAGCUUUGA